UUGUGAUGCGCCGAGAGGUUGUUCGAUGCUCGGCGUUUCGACUCUUGUCUUCGCCGUCUCUCCUCCGUUACGGGAGUUUACCUCACGCCUUCUGCCGAGGGAAAAACAACAACACUUUGAUGGUCCUUCUUGUGGAACUUGUCUGCGGUUACUACAAGCACUGAUGUAGCAGUUUUGCGGCAGCUCGUCGCGCCCUCUCUCUCUCGCUCUCUCUCUCUACCUCCGGUCCCUGGUGCCUCACUGCAUGACCUCAGACAACAGAUAAGAAAGGACUCACCAGAGGGAACCAGCACUGUACCUCACCUCACCCCAGGACUCCUCUACUUUUCAGCAGAAGGAGCGGCAAACAUCUGUCCCCGCAUCGUCGAGCACCUCCACGCAGGCCGGUGGAGGUGUUGCACACGCCUUCCCGUUCCCAACCCCCCCCCCCCUUCACCCUCCAGUCUUCAGGAGUGCUCCUGUUUUUGUUUUUAUUUCUCCUGGUUGGCUUGAGUCCGGUUCUGCCGGCCGUGUGACUUUUCAAAACUGGGGCGCGAUUCAUGGGAUGCAACCAUGUCGGAUCUCAGUGAGCGCAGGCCGGUCAACACGGACUACGCUGUCUCCCUGCUGGAGCAGCUCAAGUUUUUCUACGAGCAGAAGUUACUGACGGACGUGGUGCUGCUGGUGGAGGACACCGAGUUCCCCUGUCACAAGAUGGUCCUGGCUACUUGUAGCUCCUAUUUCAGAGCGAUGUUCAUGAGCGGCCUGAGCGAGAGCAAGCAGACCCACGUCCACCUGAGGAACGUGGACCCGGCCACGCUACAGAUCAUCAUCACCUACGCCUACACAGGCAACCUGGCCAUCAGCGACAGCACGGUGGAGCCGCUCUACGAGACGGCUUGUUUCCUGCAGGUGGAAGACGUGUUGCUGCAGUGCAGGGACUACCUGGUGAAGAAGAUCAAUGCGGAGAACUGCGUCCGCAUGCUGAGCAUCGGCGACCUGUUCAGCUGCAGCGAGCUCAAGCAGAGCGCCAAGCGCAUGGUGGAGCACAAGUUCCCCGUGGUGUACCGACAGGAGGCCUUCCUGCAGCUCUCCCACGAGCUGCUCAUAGACAUCCUGAGCAGCGACAACCUCAACGUGGAGAAGGAGGAGACCGUGCGCGAGGCGGCCAUGCUGUGGCUGGAGUACAACAUGGAGGCGCGCUCGCAGCACCUGUCCUCCGUGCUCAGCCAGAUCCGCAUCGACGCGCUGUCCGAGGUGACGCAGCGCGCCUGGUUCCAGGGUCUGCCGCCCAAUGACAAGUCUGUGGUGGUGCAGGGCCUCUACAAGUCCAUGCCCAAGUUCUUCAAGCCGCGCUUGGGCAUGACGAAGGAGGAGAUGCUAAUCUUCAUGGAGGCCUUGUCGGAAACGAACGGCGAAUGCUACGUCAUGGCCACGUCUGUGCCCACGACGGUGGUAUGCUACAGCCCGCAGGCCGAGAAAGUGUACAAGCUCUGCAACCCGCCGGGUGACCUGCAGAAGGUGGGGACUCUGGUUACCCCAGACAACGACGUGUUCAUCGCCGGCGGGCAGAUCCCGCUCAAAAACUCGAUCGCCAACCACAGCAAAAGCAGCAAGUUGCAGGCGGUCUUCCGCUCGGUGGACAGCUUCUUCUGGUUCGACGCUCAGCAGAACGCCUGGGUGCCCAAGACGCCCAUGCUGUGCGCCCGAAUCAAGCCCUCGCUGGUCUACUGCGAGGGCUACAUCUAUGCAAUCGGAGGAGACAACGUUGGCGGCGAGCUGAACAAGCGCACGGUGGAACGCUACGACUGCGAGAAAGACGAGUGGAGCAUGAUGAGCCCGCUGCCCUUCGCCUGGAACUGGAGCACCUCGGUGGUGGCGCACGACUGCAUCUACGUGAUGACGCACGACCUGAUGUACUGUUACUUCCCCCGAGCCGACACCUGGGUGGAGAUGGCCAUGCGCAAGACGAGCCGCUGCUUCGCCUCCGCCGCCGCCUUCGGGGACCUCAUCUUCUACAUCGGCGGCCUCCACGUGGUCAGCAACUCGGGCAUCCGCCUGCCGACCAGCACCAUCGACGGCUCCUCCGUCACGGUGGAGAUCUACGACGUCAACAAGAACGAGUGGCGCCUGGCCGCCAACAUCCCCGCCAAGCGCUACUCGGACCCGUGCGUGCGGGCGGUGGUGCUGCUCAACUCGCUGUGCAUCUUCAUGCGCGAGACCCACAUGAAUGAGCGCGCCAAGUACGCCAUCUACCAGUACGACGUGGAGCUGGACCGCUGGUACCUGCGGCAGCCCGUGUCGGAGCGCGUGCUCUGGGACCUGGGCAAGGACUUCCGCUGCACGGUGGGCAAGCUGUACCCCUCCUGCCUGGAGGAGUCCCCCUGGAAGCCCCCCACCUACCUCUUCUCCCCCGACGGGGCGGAGGAGUUCGACAUGGACGGGGAGCUGGUGAUGACGCUCCCCAUAGCGUAGCUCCGACGCUCCCCUCCCCCCGCCUCGCCGAGCGAGUCCGAGACCGAGGGAUGGACACGAAGGGGGAGUGGGGUGCCUCAGCUUGGGGGCC